UCUCAUUAUAACAUCCAAUUCAAGCCAUUGUUUUAGCCAUCCUCCAGAAAUUUUAUCAAAAAUACAUUAUUAUGGCUGAUGAAGAACAGAGGAAGCCAACGACUCGAAGAACACCUCUUAGCCAAAUAGAUGAGGAUAGGGUUUGUAUUAUGUUGUCGAUGAUUGAAAGUGAAAGUGAAGAUGAAGAAAUAACUGCCUCUGAUGAAGAAUUUCUAGGAAGUGAGGUUCAAGAUUUUGAAUUAGAGUUCUACGACGAUGGUUACGACGAGGACAACGAGGAUAUGGAGGAAGAUGAUGUUGAUCCAGAUGAAUUAUCUUACGAGGAAUUAAUUGCUUUAGGAGAAUUUGUUGGAGUAGAGAACAGAGGAUUAUCUGAAGCAGAAAUAAGCAAAUCCUUGCAUUCUUCUACAUUUCAAUCCAAUAAUUCCAAGACACUUGUUGACAAGUGUGUGGUGUGUCAAUUGGAAUAUGAAGAAGGAGAGAAGCUAGUAGCACUUCCAUGUGAUCAUCACUACCAUUCAGAUUGUAUAAAAACAUGGCUUCAGAUAAAGAAGAUUUGUCCCAUAUGUAAUGAUGAGGUCUCAUCCGCUAAUGUGACCAAGGAUCUAUAGAUCUAUGUCACUCGUAUUAAACCAAGUUCUUGUAUUGAAAUCAGUCAAGAUUUAUUGAAUAUGACAAUGGAAAUUUGGAACUGGAUUAA